UGCUUUCCUCUGGGGGUGGGGGGAAGGGAGAAGAAAAUAGAGAAGAAGCAACAGCCUCCAGCUUUUCCCUUCCUCUAAUCUUGCUUCACUCCUCCUUGCUCCUUCUCCCUCCCUCUCCCCUUUCCUCUCCCCUUUCCCCUCCCUCCCUCUUUCUAAUUCCUGCCACUAGCUCGGAGCCUCAUUCAGCAGCCGCUGCCCGUGGAGUGUAAUAGGCUGAAGAUGCUGCCGUGUCUGCUCAGUGUCUAGUUGUGAAUGGGACUUGCCUCCUCUCCCUCCUCCGGAGGUGGCCAAGGGAAGCAGCCAGCCACGCCGGACCCGCAGCCAGAGCUGAAGUACUGGAGAAGUGGCAACGGAAAGCUUGCAUCUGCUUUGUCAUCAUAGCCUCCUUCAGUGGCAUUUCAAAUGUGUGGAAUAUGCUACAUAAAUUGGCAACAAGUUCCCAGUGGGUGAAGGAAUUAAGCUGGGAAGCCGUGGAGCAUUAAAGUGAUGUGUUCAAUGUGUGGUGAAGGCAUCUUAUGUGCAGAACGUUUGAUCUGAAACUUUUCACUAGCCCCAAGCCUUUUGACUUCCAAGGUGGAAGGGGUAGAUUCUCGGAUACUCCUGUGCCUACACACUAACCAAAAAUGAAGGAGGACAGCUGUUUACACGCCGCUCUCAUCUGCCUGGGCAUGUUGUGCUACAGCCACGCUGCGGCUACAGAAAGACUGAACCACACGAGGCCAUCGCUUCAUGGGCACCAUGAGAAAGGGAAGGAAGGACAAGUGCUGCAUCGUUCAAAAAGAGGAUGGGUGUGGAAUCAGUUCUUUGUUAUAGAAGAGUACACGGGACCAGAUCCUGUACUGGUGGGAAGGCUUCAUUCAGAUAUUGAUUCUGGAGAUGGAAACAUUAAAUACAUUCUCUCAGGUGAAGGAGCAGGAAUCAUUUUUGUCAUUGAUGACAAAUCAGGGAACAUCCAUGCAACAAAGACUCUGGACCGGGAGGAGAGAGCUCAGUACACUCUGACGGCACAAGCUGUAGACAGAAACACUAACAGACCUUUGGAACCACCUUCUGAAUUCAUUGUGAAAGUUCAAGAUAUAAAUGACAACCCACCUGAGUUUCUUCAUGAAAACUACCAUGCCAAUGUGCCAGAGAGAUCAAAUGUAGGUACAUCAGUUAUUCAGGUAACAGCUUCAGAUGCUGAUGAUCCUACCUAUGGGAACAGUGCCAAAUUGGUUUACAGUAUUCUUGAAGGUCAGCCGUACUUCUCGGUGGAAGCUCAAACAGGAAUUAUCCGAACUGCCCUUCCAAACAUGGACAGAGAAGCUAAGGAAGAGUAUCACGUUGUAAUACAGGCAAAAGAUAUGGGAGGACACAUGGGAGGCCUCUCAGGGACAACCAAAGUGACAAUUACACUUACAGAUGUCAAUGACAACCCACCAAAGUUCCCACAGAGUGUGUACCAGAUGUCAGUGUCAGAAGCAGCUGUCCCAGGAGAGGAAGUAGGAAGAGUGAAGGCCAAAGAUCCAGACAUUGGGGAAAAUGGCUUAGUAGCUUAUAGCAUCAUUGAUGGAGAUGGAAUGGAUAUGUUUGAAAUUACAACAGAUUAUGAGACUCAAGAAGGUGUUGUAAAGCUGAAGAAGCUCUUGGAUUAUGAAACCAAAAAGUCCUACAGUCUGAAGGUAGAGGCAGCCAAUGUACACAUUGAUCCUAAGUUCAUCAGCAAUGGGCCAUUCAAGGACACAGUAACAGUGAAGAUAUCAGUGGAAGAUGCUGAUGAGCCACCUGUAUUUUUAAAGCCAAGUUAUAUUUUUGAAGUGCCAGAAAAUGCAGCAUCUGGUACUGUGGUUGGAAAAGUACAUGCCAAAGACCCUGAUGCUGCAAACAGUGCUAUAAGGUAUUCAAUCGAUCGUCACACGGACCUGGAAAGAUACUUCAGCAUUAGUGCAGAAGAUGGCAAUAUCAAGACAAUAAAAGCUUUGGAUAGGGAAGAAAUGGCUUGGCAUAAUAUCUCUGUCUUUGCAGUUGAAGUCCACAAACAGCACCAGGAAGCCAAAGUUCCAGUUGCAAUUAAGGUCGUUGAUGUCAAUGACAACGCUCCGAAAUUUGCAGCAGCCUACGAAGCUUUCGUCUGUGAGAAUGCCCGAAGCAAUCAGCAAUUUAUAACAAUUAGUGCUGACGACAAGGAUGACUCGGCCAACGGACCAAGAUUUAUCUUCAGUUUGCCACCUGAAAUUAUUCAUAAUCCAAAUUUUACUCUCAGAGACAACAGAGAUAACACCGCAAGUGUUCUGGUGAGACGCGAAGGGUUUAGUCGCCAAAAGCAGGAUUUGUACCUCCUUCCUAUUGUCAUCAGCGAUGGUGGACACCCCCCUCUGAGCAGCACCAACACCCUCACCAUUCGGGUCUGUGGUUGUGACAGCAAUGGCUCCUUGCUCUCCUGUAAUGCUGAAGCCUACAUCCUCAAUGCUGGAUUAAGCACUGGAGCUUUAAUUGCCAUUCUUGCUUGCAUUGUGAUUUUAUUAGUCAUUGUAGUGUUGUUCGUAACGCUGAAAAGGCAGAAAAAAGAACCCCUGAUAGUUUUUGAAGAAGAAGAUGUCCGAGAGAAUAUUAUCACCUAUGAUGAUGAAGGUGGAGGAGAGGAAGACACUGAAGCUUUUGACAUAGCUACUUUGCAGAACCCCGAUGGCAUCAAUGGAUUUAUUCCUCGUAAAGACAUCAAACCUGAGUAUCAGUAUAUGCCAAGACCAGGGCUUCGGCCGGCUCCCAACAGUGUUGAUGUUGAUGACUUUAUCAACACGAGAAUACAAGAGGCUGAUAAUGAUCCAACCGCUCCUCCUUAUGACUCUAUUCAGAUCUAUGGCUACGAAGGAAGAGGCUCAGUGGCUGGUUCACUUAGCUCGUUAGAGUCAGCGACCACAGAUUCUGAUUUGGACUACGACUAUCUACAAAACUGGGGACCUCGGUUUAAGAAACUUGCAGACUUGUAUGGCUCCAAAGACACUUUCGAUGACGAUUCUUAACAAUAAAGUUUAAGAUUUGGCCUUAAAGAACUGUGUCUGAUGUUCUGAAGAAUCCAGAAGAAAUGUAAGCAGGUAUUUUUUUAAAAAAAUCAAGGAAAAAAAAACCCCAAUCUCGCUUCAGUUCGCCAGAGAGGAUUCCUUUGAUUGCAGAAAGGACAUCAAAGUGGUAAAUACUGUGAAAUACCUUUUCCUACAAAGGGUAAAAACCAGAGAAGUUGGGGCUGCCAGCUUCACUGAAGGAAACCAACCCACCAACCACUUAAGAAAUACAAAAUAUUUAAAUGCAGGCAAAUGCUAAGAGCGAACUUCCAAGGAGGGGAAAUCUUUUUCUGUGUCACGAACGUCUGAAAAAAACCCUUUUGUCAAAGAAGCUUCCACACGUUAGAAAAGAGAACAGUUCUGAGCUGUAAUUUCGCCUUAAACUCUGGACACUCUCUAUUGGUAGUGCAUUUUUAAACUUGAAAUCUAUACUAUCCAGCCAGCUUAAACCCAUAUGAUGUAUGUACAGUACAAUGUACGAUUACCCUGUCUCUGGAGCAUCCGACUUGUUACUGCUGAUUCUUGUAAAUCUUUUUGCUUAUCCUUUCAUCUCGAACUAAUACAUGCCAGAUAUAAAGAGAGAAAAACCAACAAGCCAACAAGCAAAACAAAACUCUGUCUUGUGGCAGUGGGGGG